AUUGAUCAAUGUACGGAGUUGUAGAAGUACAAGAGCUGCGAGCCUUGACCUGUCUGCUGAAGCUGUUCUGCUGAUCUCCUCUCCUGGUUGUGAGCGCAGUCUGGAAAGAAGACAACUACUCCUGGUGCUCUUCCUCUUUCAUUCCAGACACUAUUCUUAGAAGUAUUACUCUCUGUGUGUCCUCAACAACAGGUACAAUGGCCUCAGACGACAAGAUCACCGAUGCCCAGCUCAUGGGCGAGAAGCAGGGCACCUUGCAUGAGGAAGCCAUGCACUGGGGGCAAUUGACCGAGGAGGAAGUCCACGUUGAGAAGAAGCUGCUACUGAGAAUCGACAUGCUUAUCAUGCCAUUGGUCAUCCUGGUCUAUUUGAUGAACUACAUUGACCGAAACAAUUAUGCGGCUGCGCGACUGCAGGGUCUCGAAAAGGACUUGAAUUUGAAAGGAGACCAGUAUCAAGUCGGCCUGAGUAUCCUCUUUGUGGCAUAUGUCCUCAUGCAAGUGCCUUCCAACCUGCUUCUCAACUACAGCGGCCGACCCUCGUGGUACCUGGGGUUCUUCACCGUCGCAUGGGGUCUCGUGUCUGCUCUUACCAGCCAGGUCAGCACGUACGGACAAAUCGUUGCUUGCAGAUUCAUCCUCGGACUUGUUGAGGCGCCCUUCUUUGCCGGUGUCCUAUUCUAUCUCAGUAAAUGGUACUCGAAGAAGGAACUUUCACUCCGAAUGGCCAUCUUCUACUCUGGCUCCCUCAUCUCCGGCGCCUUCGGCAACCUCAUCGCGGCAGGAAUUCUCUCUGGUCUCGCUGGUGCGCGAGGCAUGUCUGCGUGGCAGUGGUUGUAUAUCAUCGAAGGUUCCAUAACCGUUUUGAUUGGCCUCAUCAUCGUCGUCAUCCUGCCCGACUUCCCCGACACCUGGGGUGCACUCACGCCUGAAAUGAAGCGCGUCGCGAACCGUCGUCUGGCCAUCGACGCUGCCGAAGCCGACGUCGACGAAGCCGGUGCCAUGAGCCAAGUCCAAGGCAUGAAGCUCGCCUUCCUCGACCCCAAGACCUAUAUCCUAGCCAUCGCCUACCACGGUAUCACCGGCGCCGCUGGCUUUCAGAACUUCUUCCCCACGCUCACCGCCACCCUGGGCUACAACCACGUCAUUUCGCUAUUGCUCGUCGCACCGCCCUACGUCUUUCUGGUCUUCUACUCAUUCCUGCACAGCUGGACGUCCGACAAGGUUGGCAACCGCUUCUGGUUCUUCAUGUACCCCAUCCCCGUGGUCAUCGUUGGCUGUGUCAUCUUCAUGACCACCGACAGCUUCGGCCCGCGCUACUUCAGUCUGUUCCUCUUGAACUUUGUCUUCGCCAUGAACGGGACCUGCUACGCCUGGAUCUCCAACGCCAUUCCCCGUCCGCCAGCCAAGCGCGCCGCAGCUCUAGCAUUCGUCAACUCGGUCGGCAAUGCGGCGAGUAUCUGGACCCCAUUCACAUACUACGCCGGGCAGGGCAACCACUAUCCUGUGGCACUUGGCGUUGUGAUUGGCUUGAUGGUCCUCGCAGGAGUCAGUGCCAUCGCCUUGAGAUUCGUUUUGGAGAGACAGAACAAGCAGCUCGCUAGGCUUGAGGAUGAGAAUGUGCAGCUCAGCGAGCGCGAGUUGGCCAAGUUGAGAAAGACGGCCGAAUUCGAGGGCAUCGAUAUCGCAGCCGCAAGGAGUAUGCAGAAGGGUUAUCGGUUUAUGAUCUAGACUGUGACCUCUGGAGUGAGUGUGGUACCUGUCCAACGUCUUUUGAUUUUGCCAGAAGCCUUGAGAGCCAAACUGUCUCUCUGCCGUGGCAAAGCAACAAAGACUUGAGAACGAGUCAGCUCCUCCAGCGACCUCAAAAGAUCUGGCCAAUAUCCGACACCUUGGGAGCGAGGGUAUGUACCACUUUCCUGUAAAUAGGCUGUCUCGCGACAUGCAAGAGGAAGGAGACAGAUCAUGGGUUUUGUAGUUAAUCUCCUCAAUUCAUGAGUUAAAGCUG